UUUCCUUCCAUAGUCAAAGUGCGGCAUGCCAUUUUGAGCAUUUGUAGUGCUGCUUUUAUUAUCGAGUCGGAAAAUAUUGCGUUAACGUCUGUUUCGUAAGUAAAUGCCAACAGUAUAUUGCAUUCGUAGUGUUUAAUCUCAAUAAUAGUUUCGGCGUAAGAGGGGACGUUACUGGGCUCCAUUCAUCUUAAACGCGUGAGCCUCACGUCUGUUGACGACGUCGCGUCCAUCGAACAAAGGAAACUUGACCGGGGUUGUUGCGACCAGCAUACAAAUAAGUCAAAGAUCAGCUAGUAUUUAUGUACAUUUUAGAAAGUUAAUCAAGUUUGACUCUAAACACCAAUUUUUGAGGCUUUUCAUUUUUUUGCCACUCAAUCUUUAACGGAAAAAAAGAGGAGGCUUUGGGCCUUGCUACGUUUAUUGGCUAACAAGCGUGGACGAAUUUUUUGGUGUAAUCAAAAAAGAAUUCCCGUAAAAUGGCGGAAAUUUACAUUCGUGUAGCCGAAGAGGAGAAUGAGGAGCCCAUGGAGAUCCCAUCUGAGGACGACGGUACCGUUUUGCUCUCAACGGUGUCUGCUCAAUUUCCUGGGGCCUGCGGCCUCCGGUUCCGCAGCCCGGUGUCCCAGUGCAUGCGAGGCGUCCGCCUGGUGGAGGGGCUCCUCCACGCACCGGAGACUGGAUGGGGAAAUUUGGUCUAUGUGGUCAACUACCCCAAAGAUAACAAAAGAAAGAUGGAGGAAAUCGAUGCUUCGUCUGCCGUGAAGAUGAAGCGAGGUGACAUGAAGACAUCUGACUUGAUUGUUCUCGGCUUGCCAUGGAAAACAUCCGAACAGGAUUUGAAGGAUUACUUCGGUACUUUUGGAGAAGUAAUCAUGGUCCAGGUAAAACGUGAUGCCAAGACUGGAAACUCCAAAGGUUUUGGCUUUGUGAGAUUCACAGAAUAUGAAGUCCAAGAUAAGGUCGUCGCACAGCGACACAUGAUUGAUGGGAGAUGGUGUGACUGCAAACUCCCAAACUCAAAGCAAGGCCCUGAUGAGCCCAUGAGAUGCCGUAAGGUGUUUGUUGGUCGAUGCACAGAGGACAUGACCACCGACGACCUCCGGCAGUUCUUCAUACAGUAUGGUGAAGUGACUGAUGUCUUCAUCCCAAAGCCCUUCCGUGCUUUUGCAUUCGUCACCUUUGCAGAUGAUCAGGUGGCCGCCUCUCUUUGCGGAGAGGACCUUAUUGUUAAAGGGGUCAGCGUACAUAUUUCAAAUGCUGAGCCCAAACAUGGCAAUAGGAUGAACGACCGCGCAGGCCGUUUUGGGAACGGUUUUGGAGCUCAGAGCUUUGGGAGCAGUCGUAGUGGGUUGGGCGGCAGCAGCACGAAUAGCAAUCUAGCCAAUUUUGGUUCCUUUAGCUUAAGUCCAGCCAUGAUGGCUGCAGCACAGGCUGCCCUGCAGAGUAGCUGGGGGAUGAUGGGCAUGCUAGCUAGCCAACAAGGGCAGACCUCAACCACAGGCAGCACCUCCACUGGUACAGCCUCCAGCCGGGACCAGAGUCAGACCUUUAGUACAGGCAACAGCAAUUAUGGCACUAGCUCAGCCAGCCUGGGCUGGGGCACCGGGUCAAACUCGACCACCAGUGGUAGUGGCUUUAGCACAGGAUUUGGGUCCGGUAUGGAAUCCAAGUCUUCUGGUUGGGGUAUGUAAAUUGAUGUUGUAUGGUAAGUAUUGUGAGAAAGAUGAGGGUUUCUAAGCCCAAAAUCAUUUCUGGUGUCGGCGUCUCUGAAAAAAAUACUUUGAAAUAUGUUUUGUACACUUGCAAAAUAUUUUAAUUUAGAAAUUGUGAAAGUGACCUGUUUCCCAGGAUGUAAGACUUAAGUGCUAUUUUUAUUGUCUUUGUUUAUUUGUAUUACAAUUUCAACUGGAUUCUCUAAUGCAUGCAUUGUGAAAUCUGAUAUGAUCCGUUUGGAAAAUGCAUGGGGUAGCAUUUGUGACUCACCAUUCACCUAGCUCUGUCAUCUUUGAAUGCAAUCUUGCAUUGGAAAGAAUCUGGUUGAAAUGCAAUUGUUUUAAGUGCAACUUUAUUUGCAGUAUGGUUGUAUUGGAAAAGCCUUCACUAAAAUUUCUUCUGCAGUUCACCUCUAUUCCAUUUUCCUGGGAGGAAGCUCCUCUUUGGCAGCAUUCUUGGGCUGAUCUCAGUAUCACUCACCCUCCUCCCACCUGUACAUGCUAUGCCAUCAAACAACGGCUUCACUCCGCAUGUUCUGAGAGACGGUGGGUGUUUUCAUUUUUAUCCACUUUUAAAAUGGAAAGAACUGCGCAACUGACAUUUUUCUAAGAACUGAUGAGUGCGAUUGGGGAUGGCUUGUGGCGAAGAGUGAAGCGAUGAGUGCGCGAGCGGAGAGAAGAGUGAAAAGGACUGGCUGUGCAGUGAAAGAGCCCUAUGUGACUGCUUUCUGAGUGUGUGUAUGGAGACUGCAGAUUCUACAAGCGAAACCCCUCCCUUAACAUGGACUUCCUUUAAAUAGUACUUCAAGAUUUUUUUUAUCUUUGCAAUCUUUCCCCCUAUCCUUUUAGUACAUAAAGUACAGGCUUAGUAUCAAACUGUAGUGGAAUGUUGUGAUGAUUUGUCUUGUUUAUAUACUCUGAUUUGGAUGCUGUAUGGUGUGUGCUUUUCAUGUUGAACUGAUUUUGUAAGUGUGAAUUUGAUGUGGAUGGCAUCUGCUGAAGACGCUGGGGGACACGAGUGUUGGUUGUGAGAGCGUUGUGUGGUGUGUUUCAAUGGUCCCCGACCUCUUGAUGUUUGAGUUUUAAUACAUGUCAAAUGAAGGGAGUACUCUAAUAAAGUUCAUUUGAAUAGAUAGUU